ACAUGGCCGCGAGCCCCUCAGAGUGUUGCACACUCAAAAAGACUCUAAACAGGUUAAUAUCCAAAACCUCUUCGUCCCCCAGAGCCCGAACCCACUCUGAGCCACUAUACGUGAUCUCACUGGAGCGCUACGGCAGAGACCCAGACUUUGGCAUCCGUUUUCCGGACAGUAUUUCGAUGUCAGAGAGUCUGUUUGAUGCCACUCUAACUGACGGAGACUGUAAGAUCCGCGUGUCUCUGGAUCCCGGUGUAAACAGACUCGUCAGUAGGAAUAAACUCCACUGCGGCUCCGUCAUACGGAAUGUGGAGUUCAGCCGCUGGGAGGACAGCGAUGGAGAUGGCAGCGCGUUUCACGUCUGUAGUCUGGAGGUGGACAGACUCUCUGACGGUGAUGGGGCUCUUCGGGCGCUCUCAUCCGUCAAUGUGAGGUCCAUUCCGUGGAUGAGAGCAGAACCGAGCUCAGGUCCGCUCAGAGCCCGGAGAAGCUCGUACCUGCAGCUGUGGAAUAAUCAGGACUUUUAUGGGGAGAUGUGGCGGGACACGCCCCCCUCUGAACCCGGUUCAGAUGACUCUGAGGACGAAAUUAUAGAUACCCGGUCCACAGUUUCAUUGGCAGAACUUCGAAGGCAUUUCUUGAGUGGAUCUCGUCAGUACCGGGGAGCUCUGUGUGUGCGGAUCCUUCACAAAUCCAGACUGAUGUAUUAUGGGAAAGCAGAUCAGAAAUGUGAAUGUCCCUAUAAGGCAGAGCUACAGGUUGGUGAUGGCUCAUCAAAUGCUUGUGUUGUACUGUGGAACACACUCUGUUUGGACUGGUAUCGAAUCCUACAGCCAGGACAAGUUUUGAAAUUGUGUCGGUACAGAGUCAAGGAGAGUUACAGCAGUCGUACUGGGCAGGACUCAGACCCACACAUUGAGAUCAGUCUCAAUUCCAGGAACCCCACUGCUCAAAUUACCAUCAUCCCUAAGAGCCAGAUUUCUCCAGAUUGGGCCUUGCCUGACCUGCCUCAUAUGUUCAUCUGUGGGCAGGAGCUUCAUAAUUGUCCACAAGGCCACAUCUGUGAUGUCAUUGGUGUGGUGAUCUUUGUUGGCCGACCAGAACGUGUCAGGAAAAAGGAAGGGCAAAUGUCUGAGAUUGAGGAGUAUCGGUGGCUCCAACUGGAGGAUGGGACAUCAGACAAGCCAAUUAUGAUCAAGCUUUUCUCCACAUCACAGCCUGACAUUCAAAGCCGUAUCUAUCCAAUGGCACUAGUCGUCUGCACUAGACUAAAGCUUAUCAAAUGUACAGUCGACAGAGCUACAUCUUUUGAAUAUCUCACCAACACAUCACUGACCCAGGUGUACUGCACAGGCAUAGGGUCUCACCCUGUGAUGCCAUACAGAGGGAUACGCCCAAUCCGGCAGUUCCUCCAAUGGCUAAAGCAGGUAGAUGAGAGCAGCAUGUUGGAAAAGGCUGUGUUUGGAGGAUAUUUUAGCUACCCACCAUUACCUGUUUCACUGAAUAGUUUCAUGGAAAACAGACAAGGGAAAGCUGGUCUCAUCAGUGGAGGGGAGAUGAAAUUAGAGUGUGAGAGGUUAAAUUACAGAGAAAGGCGACAAUUCGCUGUUCAGUGUAUCAUCACCGCAGCCUGCUACCAUCACAGAGAGGAUAGUGGGCGAACACAGUAUUCAGAUCUUCCAUCUGCUCCAAUCAGCCCUAGAGUGCCACGGCAAAGAGAGGGUCCUGAACCUCACAGGACACCUGUGAAGAGAAAACUUUUCAGCAGUGCCACCCCUAGAAAGAGGUUGGCGCCGCCUUUUCAGCCAACUGCUACAGAGGACGAUGUAGAAAGGGAUUUUUGUCUCUUUGAUGGAGCCAUGGAGUUUCUGGUUGGAGAACAUGACGAUGACAGUAAUGAUGAUGAUGAUGAAGACUUCUCAACACCGCCCACUAGUCCCAUGACCUCACGUGUGGGACUGAUGCAUGUUGCCAUUGAAACUUUGCCACGUGUUUUUUGUUACGAGCGACAGCAUGUUCAGGCUGUUGCCGUAGGUAUGCAAGUUAACAGCUUCCACAAGCUUCUCCCACAAAGAGAGUUGGAGUCUUUUAGCCCCGCCUCCUGCUUUACUGGCUACUUCACACUAACAAUGAGAGCUCUGUCAGAUGGAGUGAUGCUUGAUGUUGUUUUUCUGCCUGCUGCCCCUGGCAACUUGCACUGGAUGCCCCUCCCCCUUUCACAUGACAACUCCUGGGAGUCUGUCCUAUCACAUGGAGGGUUUUCUCCACAUGCUCUGCCACCAAGCCCUGCUGACCUGAUCGCCACAGCAAAUCAGUUGACCAAUCAAAGACUUGUGUGUGUGUUAGAGGCAUGUGCACUAGGUGGAGAGAAGGUGGAACUGGUACUAAACCGUGCAUUUCCUUUACGCUAACAGAGGAACACUAGUGUUGAUGUAUUCAUUGAGAGGGUUUGACUGCGGUGCAAUAUCCUCAAAGGUUCAAGACUUUGUCAUUCUCAUGAACAAUCUCUCCUUUGAUAACAACAUAUCUGAUGAGCUCCUGAUGACCCCCGAACUGGUAGAUCAGAUGCUCCCACCUGCAGCACAGAGAAAGAGAAUUAUAAUCAUACCAUUCUCACCUAAUCUUAAUCCUAGUCAUAUCAAAUACCACCCUUUCAUGGGACCAGUCAUAAUCCAAACCAGCAAAUUUGAAUCUAAAUAAAUUAUUUUACAUUGAACAUCAGUUGACAACCCAACACCGUACCGAAGUUGUUUAUUGUACAAAAAUGUCCAUAAAGGUGCUGCAAGUGAUUUUAGCUGUUCUGGAACUUCCACCACUCUCCCGAAUUUCGUUCAUGGUUUUGAGGAUGAUAGCAUGUCAUGCUACAAGUUAAUGUUUGCAUCUGACAAAUUUUGCUAGCUUCUAACAAGUGACAAAAUUGUUUGAUUGGAGGCAUGGUGUUUGACAUCAACAGCAAAAGACAUGGAAAGCGUUUCUUCUCCCUUAAGUUGAUUAGCCUAUAUAUUUCCCUACAUUAACUAUGCAUAGUUAUAUGCUUAACUGCAUUUUAUUAUAAGCAUUUAGCACUGUGUUUUCUCUGCUGUCAGAUCAGACAUUCGACCCAUUUUUGUUUCGCUGCCUUGUAGGAAAACUCAGUGAGCAUAAUUAUUGAUAAUUUGUCCUUUUAGCUAUCUAGCUGUGCAUGUGAGUUUACCAUGGUACAUUGAUGAUCAGAAGGUCUCUCUGUUUCCCGAUUUCAAGUGAUCAAUGUG